UAUGUGGAGGAACCAACCCUGUUGUAUUUGGUCUGGUCCUGGAUCAGUGCUCUUCGACAGUAUUUACGGGACUCCGGACGUUCCGGAGCGUCAGAAGGCCCGCUGAAAUUCAAAGUUGGAGAGGAGGAGACUGAAAGCCUAAAACAACAAGCAGGUUGUUUCUCGUGUUCUGUCAGUUAGGGUUGACCUGUUUCAUACAGACUGUAGAUUCAAAUAGACAUCUUUUCAGGAUAGUAUGGACACCGGCGAGGAAAACAGUGGCAGCGCCAACUUAAAGAGACAGAGAGCACCUCUGUCAGAUUCUGAAGACAAUGUCUUGUCAUCAGAGGUGAACGAUGGCCAAAAACGGCGGCGUCUGGAGGCAGCAGGUCAGGAGAACCGCAGUCCUAAACCGUCCUCCUCUGGACGUUUAGCUGAGUGUGAGACAAAGCCAGACACACCGAUGGUUCCCUCGAUCCGCUCCCGAGUCCAACAGCUAACUCAGAGACGAGAUGGUAAUCCUGUGUUUAAUACUGAAGCAGGAGGAGCUCGUCUGGCCCAGCGUUGCCUGUCUGAUCCAGGGGCUGACAGCCCAUCUGUCUUCCAUGACAAGGGUUUUGGAGAGCAUCUGCUUGGUGAGGGAGAAUUUCAUGAGCGAAUGCAGCGGUUCAAAGCGCCAGUCUUCCAGGCUAGCCCCGCCCCCUCUCCAAGCUCUACCAACUCCUGUCCUCGGACCUGCUCCAAUUUUGUAUCUGGCAUUCAACAGAAACUACAGUGCACUGCAACACCCAGCUCCCAGCAGGCUUCCCGCAUGCGUGAGGAACGGAAGCUGGAGCUGAGCCGGUUGCAACCAAUCAGUGAAAAUGCCUGGCUGAAAAGGAGCAGCUCUGAUCCUUCGUUAACCCUGCAGGGAAGGACCCCUCCUGGCUCCUCAUCUCCCUCCUGGGUUCCUAGGUCUAGAAGGGUAGUUCACUGGCCUCCCAUGCACCCCUGGGAUCAGGCUGAUGGUGAUGUUGAGAUGAAAGAUGGCAGCUUCACUGAAACUCUUACAUCAGGUGGAAAGAAGCAGUCUUCAGAUGGAACAGGUGAAAGGGAACCCUGUGAUUGUGAAACACCAGCAGCAUCUGUAGAGCUUGAAAACUCUAAUGACGGACAGCUGCAGAUGGAGUGGAAGGAGCAAAGCACUCAUCAGGACGCUGAACUGAGCUCUCAUGAUGAGACCAACACUGCUGACAUAAUUGACCAGAUGUUUGAGGAGGUGCUGGAUUACGCUGAAAGGAUAGAAGAAGAGAGGGUGGAUAAUGAUGAAGACACUGAGGAUCACGACAGUGGCAUUGGCGCAUGCUCCGUAGACAAGGACAAGAUGGACACAGAGUCAGAGAAGGAGAAAAGUGAAGAAGAGGGCGAGGCCAAAGAAGCGCAGUGUGAUGAGAAGCUUGAAAACAAUGGAGACGACUUGCUGACUUUCCCUCCCAGCGGCAUCCUCUCUCCUCUCAGCAAGUCUGUAGAGGCUGUGGUCACUCCUCUGCGACUGGCAGUGAGUCAGGAGUCCAAUCCUCCAUCUCUGCUUCUGACUCCAGAAGAGACAUCCACCCCUCCUGCUGAAUCUGCUCCCCUAUACAGUGUUGAUGCCUACCGCACACAAAGACAGAGUAAGCAGCCCACCAUUCAGAGUGUCACUCCUGGGGUUCAGAGACGAGCUCCACAGAAGUCCCAGCCCCAACCCUCUGUGAACACCAAGGAGAAAAUCAUGGCUCUUAAUGAAGAAGCGGGGAAGCUGCAGACUGUGAUCAACCAGACCCUGCAGGCUCUGAGUUGCUGUACUGAUGAGGAGCACGGACGAGGCUCGCUGGAAGAGGCUGAAGCCGAGAAGCUGCUGCUGGUCUCCUGUGAGAAACGUUCUGCACUGCUGGCAGAGGUGAUCAGACUGAGGGAGGAGAGGAGCUCGGAGUCAGAAGAGGCAGCAGGGGAAGACAGGGACCAUAUUUCCCAGCAGCCCUGCAGAGGAACUGUCAGCAUCUCAAACAUCCAGCUGCCUCUCAAGGUUGAAUUUGUCUGCUCUUCACACAGCCGAACAGGUCGACCAAGUCACUAUUUCUUCGUCCUGAUCCGCUACGGGCCCUGCAACAUCGUGGCUACUCCACUGGCCACAGCUGCUGAUGCUCAGAAUGGAGACACCAUCUCCUUCCCUACUUCUGUCACUUUGAAGGAUAUUCGCUCAUCCUUUGAAAUUGAUGUGGAAGUCUACAGCCUGUCCCACACUUCAGGUAAUAACUGCAGCAUGGACCGGACCACCACCAAGUCACGGGUCACACCAAGAAAGCUUCUGAAUACUAUCACACAGAGAUCCAGCAACAGUCUGACAUCUGCUGCUCUUCCUGCUCUCAACACUCGUCGCUCCAGUAACUUUUGUUUGGUGGGUUCCCAUAAGAUCACCUUGGCCUCACUGGGACAGAGCAAGUUCCCUCUGGAUAAGAUGAAACUUGAAGGCAAAAUCAGGAGACUGCUGGGAGAUGAAUUUCAGGAAAAGGUGCCUUUUCUCUCUCCUCUAGAGGGCAACAUCUACCUGCGACUGGACAGUGAAAGUCACUCCAAUGUGCAGCACCAGGGCUUCCUGACAAUGUUUGAGUUGAUCAGUGGAUAUGGAGUGUGGCAUCGCCGAUACUUUGUUCUGGAGGGAUGCAACAUGUACUACUGGAACCAUCCCAAUGACAAAGAAACCAAGGAGGCAGAGGGCAGCAUUUCUCUGUCCAGCUCCCCGAGUCAGUCUGUCAGACCUGUCAAGAGGGACUCCUGUGCUCGACCAUUCACCUUUGAGCUGGUGAGCAACAUCCCGCAGAAGCAGGAUGACAGCCAGGAAGCCUUGGCCAAGUGUUGGUUUUCAGCUGACACCAAACAGGAAAGAUUGGACUGGAUGGAGAAACUCAACCAAGCUCUUCUGGACUUUCAUUCAUGGAACCGAACAUCAGCAAGCCAAACAGAGAGUCAGCAGUCAAACACAUCCAGCAGUGGAAACUUGAGGGAGAGCAUACUGUAAUUACAUCACUGACAUCAAGGUUUAGAUUGUCGAUCUCACAGCUGCAGGAGAUGAGCUUCUUUAUACAGUUUGUUUCACCGCUGAAAUCAAACUGCCAGAUCAUUAACACUUGGCACAAUGAAACAUUAUGUUGAUCUCAUGUUGAUUUAUCUUUGGGAGGUAUUUGGUUUUCAUGCUUUUGUUUAUUUCUUUUAAUCUGAAUCCAAUCAUUACUGUUGGUUUUCACUUUUAUUUGCAAAGUUACAGUUUCCAUUUGAAUAUUUUUAGUUUUCUUUAUCGUGGUUUUGUGGAUAUCAGGUUUUAUUUUGACUUGUUUUUCUGUGGCAACCAGCUGCUUCAGCCUUUGUGGGCAAUAUUAUUUGGUCACUUUCAGUUGCUAAGGUGAAACUUCUCUUGUAGUUUUUUUUUUUUUUUUUUUUGAAAUAAUUUACUCAUAUUUAGAUUCAUAUUGUAUUUUUGUAUUGUUUAAACUGGAAGGAUAAAUACAUUUGUACUGAUACAAUAAUAAUUAUUGAAGGAUAAGGGAGUUUUUUGUUUGUUUUGUUUUGUUUUUUUGAAUGGUGCUUUUUGUUUCCUUCAGAAAAAUCUACAGCCUAAACCACAGCAAAUAAAGUAAUACUGGCUGUACAUAUAAUAGAAAACAAAAUAGCAAAUGUAUAUUGAAAAUAAUAAUAUUCAGAAACAAGAGAGAAAGUGUCUACCUUGUGUACCUAUAACCCCAUAAUCCCACCCAAGUCUGUUCUGUGUGAUGUUUUUUUUUGUUUUGUUUUGUUUUCUCAUGUAUUUCCACCUAUCAGUCUGUCACUUUAUAAAUGUUAUUCAUGUGAACACUCAUUCUGUGCACUACACUGAAGGUAACAAUAAAAUAAAUGGAUUAAAAGUGCUUUCAAAAACAGCUUAAAGCA